GAAAUCUAUUGCUAGAUGUCGUUGCUUAUCAAAGUACUGGGCCUCCGUAUUUUGCGAUCAACAUUUCACAGAGUUGUUUAUGAGAAAUUCUUCUCUUCGCCCGCAGCUCUUAUUCGCGUGCGCACACGAGGAUUGGUUCUUCUUAUUCUCCUCACAUCAGCCUCAAAACCUUGAUGAGGACUUGGGUGCUAUAACUGCGGAUCUUCUUACUAAUGUCCCUCAUGCCUAUGAAGUCAAGGGUCCUGUCAACGGUUUGUUCUGUCUUAAACGUCACCCGCCAGAUAAUCCAUCAGUAUCAAAUUAUUACGCCAAGGAGCAUCAAUGUAAGGAUCGAGUAUCAAGUUCUACCACUAGGAACUGAAAGAAAAUCAUGGAGGAUGAUUCAAUGCUGCAAACCCCAUGUUCCUCAUGGUAGUGAAAUAUGCAUCAACGGUGUUUUGUAUUAUACUACGGUCGAAAAAGAGUCUUUAAUGGUAACUACGGUAGUUUGCUUUGAUAUUAGCUCUGAAAAGUUCAGCUUUAUGAAAGUCACGGAAACUUUCAAUAGAGAUCUGCCUAGGUCAACAACUAUGAUAAACUACAAUGGCAAAUUAGGUUUGUUGAUGGCUGAAGAUAACGAUAUUGUUAGUGGAACAAGUAAAAGUUUCGAGUUGCGGGUCCUAGAAGACGCUGGAAAACAUGAAUGGUCAACACAUGUAUACAUGUUGCCUCCUUUGUGGAAGAAUCUAGUUGGAGAAGAGACCAACCUACGGUUUCUUGGAUUGAAAGGCACCAAUGAAAUUGUGUUGUCGUGCAAGUACCCAUCUACAUUUAUGCCUUCCUACGUCUUCUACUACAACAUCGAGAGAAACACGAUCAGAAGACUUCAAAUCCAAGGAAUGGAAGAGUUUAACGGUAAGCGCUGUUACAUCUAUCUAAACCAUGUAGAGAACAUUAAGCUUAUUCAAGCAUAUUAGUAUUUUACAACUUGAGAUAUAGGCUAUUAAGUUCUAAUCAUAGGGAUCAUUUAGUCCUUAUCUUUUUCUUAUGUAUUGUUCUCCAUUUCACGAUAAUAAUAUAUACAUUAUUUUUAUUUCUAUUU